AUGGACUUGUGUAUCAGAAAGAGCAAGAAGAGUAGGGCUGGAGAGGGGCGGCCUAGAAUUAAGUGCGGUAGCUUGAUGCUAGUUAGUGCGCUGGAGGUAGAGGUGAAGGUGGCGGGUUUGGGGGUGUGGGAGAGUAGGGGGGAUGUGGAUGUCAUGUGGGAUAAGGCGGCCAGCUGCAUCCGAGAGACGGCUAGAGAGUUGAUUGAGAGUAAGGAAGAAGAGGAGAAGCGAGUGAUUAGAGAGGCUUACAAAGUUACAAGGAGUAAGGCUAAGUUACCUGUUACAGCUGCUAAGACAGCGGCGUUUGAGAGCUUGUACGCAGGGUUGGAGGAGAAAGGGGAGAAAAAUAGGUUGUAUAGGCUUGCUAAAGCUAGGGAGAGGAAAGAGCGUGACCUCAAUCAAGUGAAGUGCAUUAAGGGGGAGGACGGUAGAGUUUUGGUGGAACAUGGGCACAUUAAGAAGAGAUGCAGGAGUAUUUUCAUAGACUUUUAA